GGUCAGGUCCUCCCAAUGAGCUUCAACAUAAAAGCAGCUCCACCUUCAGUACCUGUUUGGACCAGAAAGAGCUCCACGGGUGCAGGAACUCAACAGGGACCUGUUGAUGUGGCUAGCUGUCAGACCAUGAAGAGCAAACCUCUCAGAAUUGUGUCACAGACAUAUGGAUAUGUCUUUCUGUUCUUGGCUGGGUGCCUUUUGACCACCCUGUUCAACAGCCAGCAGGUUGAGAGUCAGAAUAAACCCACCACCAUUUCCCUGGCGGUUCCUGUCAAACCUGACAAACUGAAGACCUUUCCACCUUCCCAUCAACAGCCCUCAAAGGAAGCUGUUGAAAUGGACUUCCUGAAAAACUUGAUUGCUUGGCCUUCAACUCCACUUCUACCUAUAAACCUUUCUUGGAAUGACACCAGUGAUCCAGCACACAGCAGCUUCACUGUUCUCCCAAAGAGAGGAGGAGGCCAGUGGCGUGUUGGAGAUGAGCUGGAGGUUUUAAUACAGAUCUAUAACUUCCAAGGUAAGCCAAAGAAAUCUGGAGGAGAUGUCCUGCUGGCCCGGCUGCACAGUCCCAGUCUCCUGGCAGGUGUGGCAGGAAAAGUGGUGGACCAUCUCAACGGCAGCUACUCGGCUCUGUUCCCUUUACUCUGGGAAGGAAAUGUGCAAGUAGAGGUGAUCCUGGUUCACUCCAGUGAGGCGGUCACUGUGCUGGAUUUCCUGUCCCAUUCACAGCCAUACAGAGUUUACUUCCAGAGUCUCUUCCGCUCAGGCCCUCUGACUGAAACCACCAACUGUAACAUUUACAUUGAUGCACCUCAGGAGCAGCUGUGCAACUACACUGACCUGUAUACAGGCGAGCCGUGGUUCUGCUACAAGCCGAAGAAACUAAGCUGUGAUGCCCGGGUCACUCAUACCAUUGGAGGAUUUGAAAAAAACAUCAAACCCCAGGAGGAGAUGCUCUUUCAGAGUGGCAUCAACAUGAAAGUCUCCAUUCCUCUGUCAAGCCAUCCCAACAUAAGUGUGCAUCCAAGAGUAGAAGACCAAAUAAAGGGGACCAACAACAUGAGGAAAAAUCCUUCUGGUUAUUACUAUCAUGGUGUCUGGAGACCACUAGAUGGAACCAAACUACAACAGUUCAAUUCCUCCAAAGCAGCCAGUCAGUGUCUGAGAGGGAAGGUGCUUCACCUGUUUGGAGACUCCACCAUCAGACAGUGGUUUGAAUACCUCAUCUCAUUUCUCCCAGAUCUCAAGAAUUUUGAUAUCCAAAGCUCCAAACAAGCUGGGCCUUUCAUAGCCUUGGACUACACAAACAACAUAUUUCUGACUUACCGCUGCCACGGUCCUCCUAUCCGUUUUGCCAAUGUUCCUGUGGCUCAGUUGCGCUACAUUGCCAAUGAAUUGGACCACAUUGAUGGAAGCCCCAACACCGUAGUUGCUAUAGGUGUCUGGUCACACUUCAGCACUUUUCCUGUUGACGUUUACAUUCGGCGUCUUCAGAGCAUCCGCAAGGCGGUGGUGCGGCUGCUGUCCAGAGCUCCAGAUACGCUGGUGGUCAUCCGGACCGCAAACCCCAAAGCUUUGACCGUCUAUGAAGCGCUGACCAACAGCGACUGGUACUCUAUACAGCGUGAUAAACUGCUGCGGGAGGUCUUCAAAGGCCUCAAUGUCCAUCUGGUGGAUGCUUGGGAGAUGGGCCUGGCCCAUCACCUGCCACACAACCUCCAUCCACAACCGCCUAUCAUCAAAAACCAGGUUGAUGUUCUCCUGUCCUACGUAUGCCCUCUGCCAACAAACCAAACCAAAGAAAAUUUAUGAGAGGUCAGAAUAGAUUAACUGGGCUGUGAUAUUGCUAAACUCUUGCAAUUUAGAACAGAAGACUUUCUACAGUGUAAUUAAGUAGAUCCAAGAAAUCCAACACAAAGCACUUAGAGGACUGUAGACUUGAUGAUGUAGCAAUGCUUACACAUUUGACAAAGGUAUGUCGACUGAAACAAUAAAAAAAAGUUUGACUUUGA